UGGUGCUGGCUGCUUUGCAUUAUGUGCGGCUCGGCCCUGGCUUUUUUUACUUUCGCAUUGGUCUGCCUGCAAAACUGCCGGCGAGGUCCUGCCUCGGUUCUCCGGGGAACCUGGGUGUUUUCAGUGGUUCUUGGACUGGGCCAAAGUGAAAACAAUAGAUGUGCAUCUUCGAAUGUGGCAUCCUGUGCCAAGUGCCUUGUCCUGGGUCCAGAAUGUGGAUGGUGUGCUCAAGAGGAUUUUGCUUCAGGUGGAUCAAGGAGUGAACGCUGUGACAUUGUUUCCAAUUUAAUAAGUAAAGGCUGCUCAGUUGAUUCAAUAGAAUAUCCGUCUGUGCGUGUAACAAUACCGAGUGAAAAUGAAAUUAAUACCCAGGUGACACCAGGAGAAGUGGCAAUCCAACUGCGUCCAGGAGCUGAAGCUAAUUUUAUGUUGAAAAUUCAUCCCCUGAAGAAAUAUCCUGUGGAUCUUUAUUAUUUGGUUGAUGUCUCAGCAUCAAUGCACAAUAAUAUAGAAAAAUUAAAUUCUGUUGGAAAUGAUUUAUCUAGAAAAAUGUCAUUUUUCUCCCAUGACUUCCGCCUUGGAUUUGGUUCAUAUGUUGAUAAAACCGUUUCACCGUACAUUAGCAUCCACCCAGAGAGGAUUCAUAAUCAGUGCAGUGACUACAAUUUAGAUUGUAUGCCUCCCCAUGGGUACAUUCAUGUGCUGUCUUUGACGGAGAACAUCACUGAGUUUGCAAAGGCGGUUCAUAGACAGAAGAUCUCUGGAAAUAUAGAUACACCUGAAGGAGGUUUUGAUGCCAUGCUUCAGGCAGCUGUCUGUGAGAGUCAUAUUGGGUGGCGAAAAGAAGCUAAAAGAUUGCUGUUGGUGAUGACAGAUCAGACAUCCCAUCUUGCUCUUGAUAGCAAAUUGGCAGGCAUAGUGGUGCCAAACGACGGGAACUGCCAUCUGAAAAACAACGUCUACGUCAGAUCAACGAGCAUGGAACAUCCCUCACUAGGCCAACUUUCAGAAAAAUUAAUAGACAACAACAUUUAUGUCAUUUUUGCAGUUGAAGGAAAACAGUUUCAUUGGUAUAAGGAUCUUCUACCCCUCUUGCCUGGCACUAUUGCUGGUCAAAUAGAAUCAAAAGCUGCAAAUCUCAAUAAUUUGGUAGUAGAAGCCUAUCAGAAACUCAUUUCAGAAGUGAAAGUUCAGGUGGAAAACCAGGUACAAGGGAUCUAUUUUAACAUUACUGCCAUCUGUCCAGAUGGGACGAGAAAGCCAGGCACAGAUGGAUGCAGGAACGUGACAAGCAAUGAUGAAGUUCUUUUUAAUGUAACAGUUACAAUGAAAAAAUGUGAUGUCACAGGAGGCAAAAGCUAUGCAAUAAUCAAGCCAAUUGGUUUCAAUGAAACUACUAAAAUUCAUAUACAUAGAAACUGCAGCUGUCAAUGUGAUGACAGCAGAGGACCUAAAACAGAGUGCAUAGAUGAAACUCUUCUAGAUGCCACGUGUUUCCAAUGUGAUGAGAAUAAAUGUCAUUUUGAUGAAGAUCAAUUUCCCGCUGAUAGUUGCAAGUCACACAAGGAUCAACCUGUUUGCAGCGGUCGAGGAGUUUGUAUUUGUGGUAAAUGUUUAUGUCACAAAAUCAAGCUUGGAAAAGUGUAUGGAAAAUACUGCGAAAAGGAUGACUUUUCUUGUCCAUAUCACCAUGGAAAUCUGUGUGCUGGUCAUGGUGAGUGUGAAGCAGGCAGAUGCCAGUGCUUCGGUGGCUGGGAAGGGGAUCGGUGCCAGUGCCCGUCAGCAUCUGCUCAGCACUGCAUCAAUUCAAAGGGCCAGGUGUGCAGUGGAAGAGGGACAUGUGUGUGUGGCAGGUGUGAGUGUGCUGACCCCAGGAGCAUCGGCCGUUUCUGUGAACACUGCCCCACAUGCAAUCCGGCCUGCAAUGAAAACUGGAAUUGUAUGCAAUGCCUUCAUCCUCACAAUCUUUCUCAAGCUAUACUUGAUCGAUGUAAAACCACCUGUGCCUUCAUGGAACAACAUUAUGUGGAACAAACAUCAGAAUGUUUCUCUAGCACAAGCUACUUGAGAAUAUUUUUCAUCAUCUUCAUAGUUACAUUCUUGAUUGGAUUGCUUAAAGUCCUUAUCAUUAGACAGGUGAUACUACAGUGGAAUAGUAAUAAAAUUAAGUCUUCAGCAGAUUACAGAGUGUCCACCUCAAAGAAGGAUAAGUUGAUUCUGCAAAGUGUUUGUACAAGGGCAGUAACCUACCGACGUGAGAAACCUGAAGAAAUAAAAAUGGAUAUCAGCAAAUUAAAUUCUCAUGAGACUUUCAGGUGCAACUUCUAAAAAGAUGAAAAAAAAAAAGUACUUUAUGGAAAACUGGAUUCUUAAUAAUUGCUCCUAAAAAUUAUAAUUUUAAAAGUCACAGGAGGAGCCAAAUGUUCAAGGUCAUACCAGUUGCUGGUACAUAAUCGAACGAAGACUGAUAAGCAUCCUCAUCAAAAUGUGACUCACAUAGCUGCUGAAUUUUUCAGAGAAAAAUGUGUCUUACUACUGUUUGAGACUAGUGUCAUUGUAGCACUUUACUGUAAUAUAUAACUUAUUUAGAUCGGCAUAGAAUGUAGAUCAUCUGAAGAGCACUGAUUACACUUUACUGGUACCUGCCAUUCCUACGCUUCCCAGAGAGAGAAAAUGCUGUGAGAUAGUUUUAGCAUUGUGUCACUACAAGGGUACUGUAUUUCCUGAAAUGAACUUGUGAAUGAAAAGAAAAUCAAUCAGUUAUACUCAUGUUGCCAAAUGAUUCAGCCGUUGACAGUAAAUAGACAAGAACAGCUAGAUGAACAAAUGGUGAAUUUUUCACUUAUUGUUCAAGAGGUGACCAGAUAGAACCUUAAUCUCACAGUAAGUGAUAUUGCUUUUGAAACUGUAGUUUUAUGCAUGUGUGUUUAGGUUCUUCUUUUUACACGAUGGAUACUAAUUCCAAUGUUCUCUAUGCCUUUAUAUUCUGUUUUUCUUUCUUACAGGAUAGGUUUAUAUAUGUCACAGAUGACUGGAUUAAAUAAGUGCUAAGUUACUACUGCCAUAAAAACCUAAUACAAUGUCACUUUAUUAGAAUACUGGUUUUAAAGCUGAAUGUUUAAUAAGGGGCACUGUAAAGUAACAUCACAACCUGAGGAGCUAUAUUGUUUGCAUAUGUGGAGUCUUAAAUCUUCUUACCUGGUAAACUGGAUAGACUGCUUCAUCAUUUCACUUGCCUAAAUAAAUUGAAAUUCAUGACAUAUUUAGAAACUCCACCAUCAAGCAAAGUUACCACAUUUUUGAAUAUUCUUUUUUAGUUUUUUACUCCAAGUAGAUAUCAGCAUUUUUCCAAUUAAAAGCUAUAUUAUUUUUGCCCUUCAGGGCAACCUAAGGACAUUCUUUCCCUGAUUCACCUCACCCACACUCACCCAAAAUUCAUAAAAGUACCAUAUUGGAGGAGGGUGGAAGGAUAUCCUAAAAAUAAGCUAAUUCAUCCUUUCAGUUAGUCCAGGAAAUGAGGCUCAGAAAGUUUAAAUGAUUAUGCAAAAAAAAAAAAAAAAAUACCCAAGUAUUAACUGGCAGCAUUAGAAAAGAGCGUCUAUCUCCU